AUGAGAUUUUUGAUAAAUAAUUUUGUUAAAUAUCUUAAUUUUAGAAGUUCUACAUAUAUAAUUAGAACGUUUGCAUCCUCAAAACAGUCAAAAAAAAAAGAUACUUCAAUACCUAGUUUAUUAAAAGAGAGAAUAGAAAGUUAUAAGAAAAUACUUACUACAGAAAUUGAUUUAAUUGAAAAAGGUUUAAAAUCGAAUACUAAUGGCAAUACCAAAGAAAAAAAUACUGUAUUUAAUGAUAUAAGGAUUAAAAAAAUUUCUUUUCAUCCAGUACAUGGUAAAACUCUUGAAAUUCGUGAUUAUAAAUUAGUUGGAUUAACUACAAAAAAUCUAAAGUUUGGUAUUCCAUUUGACUUAGAAAUCGACAAACAAAGUUUUGAAACUAUUGUAUUAGAAUAUGAUUCCACUUUGGGGAAAAUUAUUUUAAAAAUAUUAGAUAGAGCUUUAACAUGGACAUCAUCAAUUGAACAAAAACUUUGCAGUCUGAAACUGUCAUCUAAAAGUAAUUUUAAAAAUAUUUUAACUUUUAUUUCAAAGCCGAAUUUUUUUACCGCUCCUGGUUGGAAUACAAUGAAAAUAAUAUAUAAAGGAUCAGCUGCCCCAACAACAUACUCAGACAUAAAUAUAAAUCUUAUUCAUGGUUUAAAUGAAACUCAACAAAAAGCAGUUAAGGCAUCACUAAAUUCAAAACGAAACAUUCUUUGCAUUAAUGGACCUCCAGGAACUGGUAAAACAAAAGUAAUUGCAGAAAUAAUAAAACAACUUAAGGCAAAAAAGAAAAAAAUUUUAGUUGUAACACCGAGAAUUGAUGUAAUUGUAAAUAUAAUGAAACAUUUUAAUAAAGAAGAUAUAAAAAAUAGUUGUGUGUUUGGUGAUGAAACAAACUCUAUUGAUGAAAAAAUGAAAGGUCAAGUUAAAUUUGAUGAUUUAGAUUUGUUAAGUAAUUUAAUUUCUGAAUCAGUAAAUACUCCUUAUUCUUCGUUUAUCCCUAAUUAUAUAGAUCUAGCUAACUAUUUAAAUAGUUCUAUAAGAAUAGAAAUUGUUAAGGAAUCUCAAAUUAUAUAUACAACAGUUGGAAGAAAUUUAUGGAAAUAUUUACAAAGUGCUAAAUUUGUCCCUGAUGUUGUUAUACUUGAAGAGGCAAGUCAAAUUUUAGAAUGUGCUGCAUGGCAAUUUUUAUUAGCUGGAAAGCGUUCAAUUGUUGUAGGAGAUUUCAACCAAUUAACUUCAAAUUUUUCAAGCAUACCAGAAUCAGAGGUACAAAGUAAAUGUCCUUCAAUUUUGGAAUAUUUAUGGAACAAUGUUUCAAGUUCUUGUAAAAUUUUAUUAAAUACUCAGUAUAGGACAAAUGAAAAAAUAAUGAAAUGGUCUUCAAAAAUUUUUUAUGAUAAUGCUAUGAUUGCUCAUGAUAAUAAUAAAAAUAUAUUGUUAUCUGACAUAUCAAAUAUUAAAAAAAACUCUGGAUAUAAUUCACCGCUGCUUAUUUUUGAUUUAAAAGAUUUUAAAAAUUCUUUUGAAAGGCAAAAUAAUUCUAGUUAUUUCAAUAUGAAUGAGGUAUUGGUUUGUGUAAAAUAUGUAAAAUUUCUUCUUAGAAAUAAUAUUAAAGAAAAUGAUAUUGGUAUUAUAACGCCUUACAGUGCUCAGCAAAAAGAAAUAAAGAAAAAUUUUAAUAACAUUAAGGUUAGUACUGUAGAUGGUUUUCAAGGACAAGAAAAAGAAGUAAUUGUAUUUUGUUUUGUUAGAAAUAAUAAAUAUAGACAAAUUGGAUUUUUAAAUAAUGAAAAACGAAUGAAUGUAGCCUUGACUAGAGCUAAACGACAGUUUGUUUUUAUAGGAAAUACGGAUAUGUUAAAUGGCGUUAAAUCAUUUAUUGAAUUACAAAAAAUUUUUUCAGAUGCAGGCAAAUCUAUAGAUGCUAAAAAAUUUUUAUCAGAUUCAAAUAUUUAG